GAUGAAAAUUGAAACUGCAAGGACCAACGUGAUUAAAAAAAAAGUACAGGGACUGAAGUGAAGAUCGACCUAAAGUUGGAGGAGUUAAAAUGAAUUUAGUCCUAUGUAUUAUGUAAGUGAGAAUCGAAGAUGUUGGAAUUAAAACUCCACAGCGCACCGACUGUUAGUUUAAGAAAUAAACCAACAUGCCCCCAAAAUUCCAUUUAUUUAAUACCAUUGGGUUAAACAUUGCCUCCAAGGAGAACGAAUUGACAGCAAAAAAUUCAUAGGCAGCAAGAAUGUCGUGUUGCUAUAGUGGAGGACUGCAGGGUGUGUAUAAACCUGAAAGCAAGAAAAUGCAUUUUGAACGAUCACAAACGUAAAUGGUCAGGACCAGCAUGUAUGGUAAUUUCACGAGCAAUAUCAUUAUGAGGACAUUAGCCAAUCUUGUUUUAACUGAUUUUGCAGAACCGGACGGUAAAGACAUAUUCUUAGACAAUGGCAAUAUGUAACUUGUAGCAUAGAUAUAAUCGAUGGUAUAUUCCAAUGGGUUGUUUCAGACAGGUAAAUGCUUGCAAUCAAAGAGAAGUAUUACUUUACUUGUGUGAUGCUCAAUGUUUGUAAUUUUGAGUUUAGUGUUAAUUUAUAUGCUUUUCACAAUGUAUAUAUCAUCUAUAGGACUGUGACGACCGGCAAUUUCUACAAAAGACUAUGGAUAUGAUCCUUGUGAACACCGGCCAACUUAUGACUUUGAGGCCUCAGCCCUCGCCCUCGUAAUCUAUGGAAACUUGAACAAGGGAAUAUUUCACCGGCAACCCUCGACUUCAUCGGCAAGCACCAACUGGCGACUAGGUGUGAUUUUCAUCUUUUCCUUUUAUUGUCUUUUUCCCCCCUCAAUUUAUUCACAUUAGUAGGAAAUUGCAUUCCAUUUAUAACAACAGAAAGUAGAAGUAGGUUACAAAGUACAACCUUUCUCGGCUUGUUUAGUUACUCAUCAUGACCACUCAAGGAGCCUCUUCCUCUUCCUCUGGUUUCACCCAUUCAUGGAAAUACGAUGUCUUUUUGAAUUUUAGAGGUACAGAUACACGCAACAAUUUCACAGCAAUUGAAGGAUCCAGGAUUUCUGUCGUGGUGUUCUCUCAAAAUUAUGCAUCUUCAAAGUGGUGUCUGGAUGAACUUGUGAAAAUUCUUCAAUGUAAAGAUUCAAGGCAUCAACUGGUGUUGCCAAUUUUUUACAAGGUGGAACCUGCAGAUGUCAGAAACCAAGGAGGUAGUUUUGAUGAGGCACUUUCUCGCCAUAAGUGCAAAUUCAAGGAUGAUCUGGACAAAGUUCUAAGAUGGAGAACUGCUCUUACACAUGCAGCAAACUUAUCUGGAUGGACUUUCUCAAAAGGUUCUAGUAGAAAAGGCGCUCAUAAACAUUGAUGAGAACAAGUGUAUUUGGAUGCAUGACUUGAUGGAAGAAAUGGGUAAAGAAAUCAUUCGUCAAGAGUCACCUGGAGAACCUGGUAAACGUAGCAGAUUAUGGUUUCAUGAAGAUGUCUAUGAUGUUCUGACAGAAAAUACUGGAACAAACAAAGUUAAAGGCAUCAUUGUGAAAUUGCCUCGGCCAAUUGAGAUAUCCUUGAAUGCAAAAUGCUUUAAAAAGAUGAAAAGUCUUCAACUUUUUAUAAACAUUAAUGCAAGCUUCUCAGGGGAGGUUCGUUAUCUCCCUAACCAAUUGAGGUUCCUUGAUUGGCCUGGAUGUCCACUACAAUCUUUGCCAUCCAACUUUAAUCCGAAGAAUCUUGUUUCAUUCAAUAUGCCUGGAAGUCAAAUCUCACGGUUGGGUGGAGGAUUCAAGAGUUUCCACCGUUUGAAAUCUAUGAACUUGGAAGGUUGUCACUCCUUGACAGAAGUCCCCAACUUCUCUGGCAUGUUCCCAAGCUUAGAGACCCUAUGUCUAAGCUAUUGUAUGAGUUUGGUUGAGCUGCAUCCUUCUGUUGGAUCCCUUGAAAAACUUGUUGACAUAAAUCUUGCAGGAUGCUAUAGCCUCACUAUGUUUCCAAGAAUAGACAACUCAACUUCUUUGCGUUCUAUUGACCUUAGAGGCUGCACUAGUCUUAAGCAUUUUCCGGAAAUCGAGGAGAAGGUGGAAUCCUUAACAACAUUGAUUCUCACAAAGAGUGGCAUCAAAGAGUUGCCUUCAUCAAUUAAUAAUCUCAUUAGUCUCGAAGUGUUACAUGUCGGAUUUUGUAGCAGCCUUGCGCAGAUUCCACAGAGCAUUUAUGACUUGCAGCAGUUACAGACGUUCUGUUUACAAAAUGGUCCAAAGUUUGUUACCCUUACUAAUACAAUGAACUCUGGAGUGCUUCCGACUAAUCCAAAUGUUGCAGAUGACAAAUAUGGCUCUACACCAGAAAGUAAUGAUGAAACCAGUUUACGGCUUCCAAAUCUACGAAGUUUCAUAGCAGGAGACUGCAAUUUAUCGGACACUGAUUUCCUUGUUAGUCUCGAUUGUGUGUCAACACUAGAAAGAUUAGAUCUCUCCGGAAAUAUUUUUGAAAGUCUUCCUCUAUGCUUUACCAAAUUUGCCAGCUUGACAUAUCUUGACUUGGAUGGUUGCAAAAGGCUGCGAGAAAUUCCAGAACUUCCACCAAACGUGGAAAGUUUACAUGCGAGAAAUUGCGUUUCAUUGAAAAGAAUUGCAAAUCUGUCAAACAUUUUGGAACAAAAAGGGUCAAAAAUGAUUAACCAUAUGAACUUGACAAAAUGUUGGAGACUGCGUGAUCGUCUGGCUCAGGACGUCAAGAAGAUGAAACGUACUUUACUGAUCAAUGAGGUCACUCUCUUCUCCCUCUGUCUCUCUUCUCUACAAUCUGAGUUCCAGGUUGUAUUUCCAGCAAGUGAUGUUCCAGAGUGGUUUAGCUGUCAAAUGGAUUUCACUGCAGGGUUUCCCUUUUAUGAAUUUUCUUUUGACAUCGUUCCACAUUUGCAAUUAGAGAACACAGGACUGGCCAUCUGUGUUGCUCUUGAAAAGCCACAAGCUAAUUACCGUUAUCAGUGCGACUUCGAGGUCCAUUUUUCUUUCAAUCAUCAUCGUCCCUGGCCUGAUAGGGUCCUCGGAGAAAUUGAUGCAACAGAGCCGGCUCAUGUGUUCAUGUAUUAUUACCCCUUCUCUAAAAUUCCGCCAUUUCUUCGUUUAAUUCCUCCGCCUGUUACAUUUCGAGUUACAAUCGUAUGUCGUCUCGCCGACGAUGGGGACGACCCUCCUAUCAAAAGCUGCGGGGUACAUCUUGUAAUGCCACCAAAUGAGGACGUCUCCAUAAAGAUUUCCAAGUCACAGAAGCUCCCGCCCGAAGAGACUCUUGACCUGAAGACUAGGAGAACGGACAAGGUUGAAGAUGACUACAAGCUUUCUGAAGACGAUGAAGAUGAUGAAGAACCCCUUUAAAGUCACUCGAUGAACUCGAAGAUCCUACUCCUACUGGAAUUAACUUCUCAAGUUUAUUUAGUAUUUUAUAAACCUAUUUUCGUUGUAAUGCUUGCUGUCUUUCCUUUUUUUUUCUUACCCUAUGUCUUUAAAAAAAAAAAAAAAAUCAGGUUUACAGACAUUUGUUUUCAACUAUUGUUAUAAAGUAUAAACACAUUUGAGCCUCGAUUAUUUCCGGAAUAUGCAAAUAAAAUCAAGCCAUCAGCAAACACAUAUAUACAUUUCAGCACCUCAACUACGUAUGUGUGUUAAAAGGGUAAUAGGUAGGAAAUUUUGAGGGAGCUCUCGAUUUAGAAUAGAGAGUGGCUUGAGACUGGGGAGUGUUAUAAAAGGGUAAUAGGUGUCUCAAGUCAGUCACAACAACAACUGAAGAAUAUAGGCAGGCCAGGUAUCAAAACUUCCCUGACCUUCAUCACUGAUCCUCACUGGGAUUAACGACGGCUUGGGGUGUAUACUAAACCCUGUAUAGUUUAUAGUUGUGAUUCAGUAUUAUCUUCUCAAACUCUUGCAUUUUGAUUAAGAGGGCCAGUUGGUAUAGCCGAUCAUUCAGUUUCCAGGUUUAUUCCUAAUAAGCCAGCUGUAGUCCACUAAUUGUGAUAUAGAUUCCUGUUGUAUCCUCGAACAUGGCAUGAGGUUGCCAUAAUAUCUUCGAGAUUUCAGUUAUUGACGACUACCCUAAACCAAGUUUUCUUCCUAAAGCCAAUUUCUCUGAUACUUUUUCAGUACGUAAACACUCUAUAUAACUUCAAUUGAUAUUGAUAAUGGGAUUAAUAUUUAUGUAUUGCAUAUCACCUAUAUUGGACUUGACAUAGAUAUUACUAAACUGGUUCUCAUGUCAUGCUGAGAAUUUGUCAGUUGCAACUUAUCU